AUGGACCCCACCACGCUCCACGAAUGGCUCCCGCGCGUGCAGCGCAACCUCUCGCGCUGCCAGGCCGAUUAUAUCACGGCGGCGCGCCGCCUCAUGUACAUGGUCAAGGCCGUCGACCUCACGCUUGAGUCGCUCUACACCGGCCCUGCGCUCGAGCGCGCCGUCUGGCGCUACGAGGCCCUGUGGUACCCGUUGCUCGCUGCCGUGGCCCAGCAUCCAUCCAAGCAGCACCCGGAGCUCCACUGGGUGCACCACGCCUUCGCCACAAAGGUCGACGAGAUCCGCUCCAAAAACUUCUCCCGCGGCGGCUUGUGGCUCUCCAUGGAGGACCUGGUCCCCCCGCUGGACAUCGCGUGGGUGUGGUAUGUCCACCGCAUCAACCCCACGGCGUACGCGGCCGACCUGGCGCAGUAUGCGCGCGAAGGGCACGCCCCCACCGUCGUCUUCAUGCGCGACGCCGCCGCCACCACGCUGGACACCGCCUUCAAGUUCAGCAACGGCGAGGACGCGCAGAGCAAGCCCACCCGCCGCCUCUGGGACAUCGUGUACCCGUUUGAAUCGUUCAUGCCCAAGUAUCUCCUUUCGCACUCGUACGAGCAGGAGCUGCUCACCAAGCGCCAGCACAUCACCAGCUAUACGAACGAGAUCAAUCGCGCCGCCUUCCGCUCCGUCCUCAACUACGACCUGGUGCACGCCGCACGCCUCCAGAAGGCCUUUGUCUACCAGAUUGUCGACGAGCACCAACCGGAAAACGCUGAAAUCUUCGAGACCACGCCGUACCUGGACCGCGCAUACCACCGCUACCUCCAGUUUCUGCUUCUGCACGACCGCGCCCCGGGCACGUUCCUGGUGCCGAUGAACGACAUCAACAUCAUGUGGCACAUGCAUCUAGCGGCCACGCGCGAGUACCAGCACGACACCCACGUGCUCAUCGGGCGCGCGCUGGAGCACGACUCCAUCGCCGUCGAGGGCAUGCGCAAGAAGUCGGUCGACGAGAUGGAGGCCAAGAUCGCCGCCACCGCCGAUGGGCCCACAGAGCUCAGCGAGAUGGAGGACGAGGAGCGCGCCGACCUGCUCGACAAGCGUCGUAGGGGCGUCGCCGUUCGCGAGACAAAGGUUCUCUGGGAGGCCCUGUACGGUGCGAAGCCCAGGUAUGACCUCCCGGACACGUGCUAUCGCGGCGAGCCGCCCGGGGAGCGGGGCGGGUUCUAUGAGAUGUUUGAGAAGGUCAACGGCACUACGAAGGACAUUUCCUGGCAUGAGACCCUGCUCCGCAUGCUGCUGGCUAUGAUGGUUUUUGCAGCCGGCUGCAUGGUGUUGGCGUGGUCGUUUUGGAGGACGAUGCGCACACAUGGCAUGUUUUUGGUCGGCCUUCCGGCGGGGCUGUGCGUCAUGGGGCUUGGCGUCUACAUCUUCCUCGCCAUUCCUAUCAGCCGCCCGCUGUCCUCGACGUCUAGGUACUGGCUGGAGAAGUCGUACAAGCAGAUGCACAAUCCGUUGCCACCAUAUUUAAUCUCGACGAGCAAAAAGUCCUUAUAGAUAGAGUGUUGAUUGUAGGGCUGUCAGAACGGCUAGUUUGGGAACGAGGAUGGCGGUCACUCAGGACGCUGCCUCAGCCUGGGCGUUUUGAGUGAUGGGCGUUCUCGGCGCGUCUGUCGCAGGUUACUCAUCCCGCCGUGCAUUUUCGUCUGCAGUGGAUAUAGAUAGACUGUUAUCAGGGGUGCUUUUGACAAUUAUACUUACGAACCUCU